GACAAAAACCAAAUCCGUCGCCCCGGUGGAAUUAACCAGGAUCAAAUUAAAUUGGCAAGGAAUAAAAGAAAAUCCAGCCCUCUUCUCGGCUCCAGCUUAUACCGUCGCCUCCAUUUGCACUUCGGCAGGGAGCAAGCAGGAGGGCGGCCGCAGCUCAUCUCCGCCUCCAAGAGCCCUACUCGUCUCCACUGCCCCUCUGGUGGCCGAUUUCCAGAUCGGCCGAAGCGUCGUCGUGUCCUCUCCAGCCUGAUACUUCCGUCUUUCCUGUUGUUGGAAACCUCUUUGAUUCAGUGAGCAGUUAGACGUAGAGAGACAUGAGCGAGGUUUUCAACAACCAGAUGUUACUUGAGAAGCUUUCAAAGCUCAACAAUUCACAACAAAGUAUUCAAACCUUGUCAAAUUGGUGUGUUAUUCACCGAAAGAAAGCAAAAAUUAUAGUUGAAACAUGGGAUGAAGCUUUCAACAAUUCUCCAAAUGAAAAAAGAGUGCCUUUUCUAUACUUGGCCAAUGACAUCUUACAAAAUAGUAGACGCCAGGGAAGUGAAUUUGUGAAUGAAUUUUGGAAAGUACUUCCCGGAUGUUUAAAGAAUGUCUAUGAGAAUGGUGAAGAUCAUGGAAAGAAAGUGGUUAAUCGAUUGGCCUUGUGCUCGUGCACUAGAGUGCAUAACUAUUUGUGCAUACAUGUGCCGUGGAAGUCUCAGGUAGAGAUUUGGGAUGAUAGAAAAGUAUUUGGCUCUCGUGGGCGAGGCCUAAAGGAUGAGAUCCUUGGUACUGUUCCUGUUCCUGUUCCUGUUUCAAACAAUGGCAAGAGCAAUUCAAAUCCCAUCAAAUUAAUUCGUAAGGAUGCUAAUUCAGUGCGAGUAAAACUGGCUGUUGGAGAAAUGCCUGAAAAGAUAGUGACUGCAUAUCAGUCUGUGCUUGAUGAACAUUCCAGCGAAGAUACUGCUUUAAGCAAAUGUAAGGAUGCUGUUCAAGUUCUGGAGAAGAUGGAAAAGGGCAUUGAUGUUGCAGGUAAACAAGGUCACCAACUAGCACCAGCAUUUAUGAGUGAGCUUCAGAACCAGGAAACGGUACUUAAACAAUGUAUUGAACAGCUAGAAGCUGCAAAAUCAACUAGAGCUAUGCUGGUUUAUCAGUUGACAGAAGCUCUAAAAGAGCAGGAAUUUAAGCUGGAUCUCAUCAAUGAUCAGUUACAAAUUGCCCAUUCCCUCAAUGAUCGCGCCGGUAGCAUGCGACAACGACUACUAGGCUUUGGUGUUGGGGCAAGCGGCUCUACCUCUAUGGCACAACCGGCAAAUAUUUCAUCAGAAGCAAAGCCCCUGACAGAAUCAAACCUGCUGAUAUCCAUCCCUCAACUUUUACCACCAAAUUCGGUAACUUCAUUUGCCGGCAGCAUAAGCAGUGCAGAAGAUGAUCACAAGAAGGCAGCUGCUGCAGUUGCUGCAAAGCUGACUGCAUCAUCAUCAUCGGCACAAGUUCUGUCUUCUAUUCUGUCAUCUUUGGCUGCAGAAGAAGCUGCUUCCAUAGGCAACAGCUUGAAUUCCCAAGUCCUCUCUGAUGGCCAAGCUUCUUUCCCUUUGGAGAAAAAACCCAGACUUGAGAAGCUGAUAACCAUGCCCGAUAUGGGCAAAACCUCCUAUUUUGGCCAGAUGCAGCUGCAACAACAUCAGUCAAUUCCAUUUGCAGCUCCCCAAACCUCAUCCGCUAACAUACAACUGUCCCAGAGUAAUCAGGCACCUCCGACUUUUGCACCGCCACUGCCACCUCUACCGCCACUGCCACCGCCGCCGCUGCAGCAGUUUGCACAAACAAGUGGAGUAACAAACAUAGGACCUUAUGCAUUUGCAGCCAGUUCACUGCCCCCUCCGCCGCUAUCCCAUCUGCCACUGGGGUUCACGAGACCCAGUAUCCCACCUGUACCUCCACCACCACCACCUCCACCAUCGCAGCAGCAGCAGCAGCAGUUGCAGUCAACCUCAAUGGGCUUCUACCAAUCUCCUGGCGUCGGGUUCUACGGCCAGCCGCAGACGGCUCCAACUGCCCAGCCACAGUGAAGCUGUUACAUUGAGGGUUUUGCAAAUGCCUGGCAGUCGUCCCUCUGGUUCUCUUAUGUAUACUAUCAAUAGCUUUAGUGUAUCGAAGAUUGAUAAAUUAGGACAGAUCAAUCAGGCAAGGCUGGAUCAGGAGCACUGGAUUAUUGGGCAAGUUUCGGUAUCAUCAACCCAUAAGUCCACCCAUUGACAAUGGGGAAAAUACUGAAUUUGUUGUAACCCUAACCAAUCUACUCAGAUUGUGUUUGUUCCCUUUUUUUUUUUUUUUAUUUAUAUCACUUCUUGUAAGGGAUGGUGACUCACCAACAGGUGUGGUAGAGUUUGCUACAAGUUCCCCCAAGUUAUUCUUUUGCUUGGAUAAGGAUGCUAAUUUUCAUAUAAGCAGCGUGCUUGUUCAUGUCCAUCUCAGCCUUUGCAGCAUGAUCCAUAUUACAAGUGAUCUCAAGGCUUCCUGAUGCAAACCUCAGCAGUAAUGUAUUUUAGAUCACCGCGUAGUCGGUUUGAUGGAUUCGACCUCGAUGUGACCAAAUGCUAAGGUAAAGGUUUGAUGGAUUCGACCUCGAUGUGACCAAAUGCUAAGGUAAAGGUUUAGAACUUGUAUCGAAGAGUUACUCUCCUAAGCAAAACUAUUAUCAAAAAGGAGAUCCAAACGAUCAUUAUUGUCGUCAUCAAAAUCUGAUAGACGAGAACAAAUGACCGCACGGUGAUGAUCGUAAUGCUG